AUGGAAACAACAGUAACAACACUGAAAUGGGGAUUCCUGCUUUCGAUUGUGCAUCCCGAAGUACAGGAUAAAGUGCAACAAGAACUGGAUCAGAUUGGGACAAAAAUAACACUGGCUGACAAGGCGAACUGCCCCUUCACAAUGGCCACUAUUCAUGUAAGUUUUUCCAUUCUUCAUCAGCAUAGUUCAGCACUGCUCCAAUAUUAAAU